GUCCCGAGCGCCACAGGUAGCAUUGACGUCAGCAAUAUGGCGGCCAUCAGUGUGUUUAGUCCGGGGUUGUUUCGGAACAAAGUGGCGAUUGUCACAGGAGGCGGCACCGGCAUUGGCAAGGCGAUAGCGGCAGAGCUGCUCGGAUUAGGUUGUAAUGUAGUCAUUGCCUCUCGUAAGCUUGAGCGGCUGAAUGAGGCGGCCAAAGACCUGUCCAGUAGAAUCCCUGCUUCAAGUCCCACCCCGCUAACCCCGAUACAGUGCAACAUCCGCAAAGAGGAAGAGGUGGAAACAUUGGUAAAAUCUACCUUGAACCUCUAUGGAAGGAUCGAUUUCCUGGUUAACAAUGGGGGAGGCCAGUUCCCAAGUCCCAGUGAAGCAAUAAGUGGCAAAGGGUGGAAUGCUGUCAUAGAGACCAACCUUACCGGGACAUUCUACUGCUGUAAAGCAGUGUACAAUGCCUGGAUGAAGGAACAUGGAGGUGCCAUUGUGAACAUCAUAGCAGAUAUGUGGAAAGGCUUCCCUGGCAUGGCGCAUACUGGGGCAGCGAGAGCGGCGGUGGAUAACCUGACCAAAAGCCUGGCUAUCGAAUGGGCGCACAGUGGUGUCAGGAUUAACUCUGUUGCUCCUGGUACAAUCUUUUCUCAGACUGCUGUGGAAAAUUAUAAAGAAGUGGGUCCCCAGCUAUUUAGCAGCUAUAUCCCAAAAAUACCAGCUAAGCGGCUCGGGCUGCCAGAAGAGGUAUCGCCUACAGUCUGCUUUUUGCUCUCGCCUGCAGCUUCCUUCAUCUCUGGAGAGACUGUAAAGAUUGAUGCAGGGCAAAGCUUGUACCAGUCCCCCUGGGAAGUGCCAGAUCAUAAGAAGUGGCCGGAUGCCCCUGAAGGAGAAAAUGCCAACGCUCUGAAAAUAAUUCUUUCGAACAUCCCCAUGCCCAAGCUCUAAUGAUGGCUGGAUCCUGCAAUAAAGUGUUAAUUCAAAUCAGAUUCAGUUUGGGGCAUAAUUGCCUUUCCAAUGGCAUAGUUGUGCUAUAUCAAUAUAUUAAUUGCAACAAGUGGCCUCAAUGUGAAUGUAAAGCACCACUAAUAUAAAUGUUACUGAAAGGAGUGACUUCAGAUCAGAGUCAAGGGAUUUUGGAGCUGAAAUGUAGAAAUAAACUGCUAAAGCAGUAAAUCUAGAUAUACACUGGAAA